GGAUAUUGACUGGAUUGUUCGAGUGCCUUGAGAUUUGUAUUGUAGUCAAUUAUCAGCGGACGGGGAAUUUGCUUAGAGUUUACCGCCAACCCACACAUGAAUCCCACUCUACCAGUCUGCAAGCCAUGACUAUGUGACAACGCCUCAACACAAGCGCAGUUUCAGUCUUCUCCACAACUGAUUGCAGUUUACUGAAGCUGGCUUGAUAAUGCCUCAUAGUUGAGAACUACCCCUAUAUGCGAUGAUAUGCACACGCAAAAGUCCAGCGACGUCGUCUCUAGAUCACGAUGAAAGUCGCCCCCCGGUCCUUAGUAGCUGCGAAGAUGCAAGCUCUCUUCGGCCCUUUGCUCGGCUAGUUGUGAGUGGAACGAACUCGAAACGCACAGAAGAAGAAGAAGAAGAAGAAGUAGUAUUCUAUGCGGUUGGGUAACAAGCUUUUGGGGAGUGUUGCAUUUUUGCAUCUUGGCCAUGUGGGAUUCGGCAAAGAUAGGUGUUCCAUUGCCUGGGUCAAAUGUAUCAAGCUUGCCCCUAUGUGUUCAGGUACUUCAUUCAACCGUGACCCACUAACUAGUCCAACAUGGGUUGAACACGAAUCGUAUGCCAACGAUGUCUUUGCUGUCUUCACCCGUGGCUCGUUCGGUCUGGACGCCUAUGAUAGUGAUGUCUCGUCUUGCAGGUCGGGGUUAUCCAUGUUGGUUCGGCCCGCUGUUGGUAAUGUUGACGGACAAUCUUUUAUACCUCAUAAAUCACAUGAACAGUGGUAAAGCUGAGGUAAGCAGACGGCAAGACGCGAUGUAGAUGUUGGCCCAAUAUCUGGUGAUAGGGCUUCCGGGUUGAAGGCAUAGACCUGGUUACAUAGACGGCAUCGCCCGGAGCAGCUCCCUCUCAUCAUGUUAUUUUGAGUAACGUCCAAUGAAAUUGACAAGGCUCAGCUCCCUUCUCAGAUGCUCCUCAUGGUCCCGCACCAACCCACGAGGUGUGCGUGUGUAGGUGCUUAUUACCCGCAGCAUGAGAUGGAUACAAGAGCGUCGACAACGUCGUAACAAGACGACAACACAUUCUAGACGAACCAUAUUCAGGAUAUCUUCAGCGAGUAGCAUGCAUAUGCGGCGGUAAUUCAGAGCAAUGGUCACUUAGCUUUGCAACCUUAUGUCUUCAGGCGAGAACAAAAGUAGGCUGAAUGUGUGGAGAGGGUCGCG